UAUUCCUUGUAACAAUUAAAUGAUGAUAGUGUGCCUUGAAUUUUUUUUUAUUAAAGCUCUUUUCUUAUUAUCUAUAGCUUUUUUAACUUUGGCAAAAAGCCACAUAGGUUUUAUUUUUAUCCUUUUAAACUUGUUGCCCUUGGGAAUAAAUUUUGCAGUGUGUUCACAUACAGUAAUUUUGAAGAACUCCCAUUUCUGUGUUGUGUUCAUCGAUGCCAAUAUUCCCUCCCAGUUUAAGUCUUGGAGAGCAGCCCUCAUCCUUGGAAAAUUUGAUCUUUUAAAGUUGAGUGUUUUUCUCUUUCCAGUAUGUGCUUGUUGUUUACAGCGAACGUUA